AUGGGCUACAAACAUCCUAAAUCCAAGCCUGAGGUGGCUCCCAAGCCAAAAAAAUGCGCAGGCUGUGGGAAAAAAGCAUCAACUAAAUGCUCUGGCUGCGAGAACUCGCCCGAGCACCAACCUGGCGAUUCGCGCGAUGUUUUCUACUGCAGCAAAGUCUGCCAGAAAAAGCACUGGCCGACUCACAAAGACCGUUGCAAGGCCAUGCAACAGAGAAAGAAACUCCUUCGGUGUGCCCAACUCUUGAAGGAAGCCUUCUUGGCUUUCAGGGAGGUUCUUUUCGACCUCCAUCUGACAGGCAUAACCCUUCACAAGGGAACCCUCUACCUGAAUCAGAACGCAUUAUUGAGCUUUGAUCGUUCCAAACGCUUUCCUUUCCCAGACGACCUCACUUCCAAUGUCGAGCACAAGGAAGCGGCUUUGACCAACAAUCAAAGCACAACAGCUAUGGCGCUGUUGGGCCCGCUAACCAGAAAGUUGCUCAAAGAAGUGUGCUCAAAGGUCCAAGUCGCGGACGUCGACAUCAAAGACCAACCAUUCCAAACCCAGCUCGUUCCAGGAGCCAACCUUGACAACUGUCCACACGGGUUGUUGGUCGUAAGACUACCCAAGGGCGAAGAGAAAUGGGUUAUCGACACAGCAGGCAGCCAGUUCGGGUUUCGGGAGGUGAUGGUGCCAUACAAGAAGUACCUCACGGAGAAGGCAAGCCGGCUGGCGACUCCUCUCACGGUUUAUGACGAUGGCAUCACGAAAGAUCUGGACGAGUUCGCCCUUAAUCCUGGAUUGACCUAUCACCAGCAGCAACGGGUGAACUUGGCGACGGACAGACGGGCUCGUGAGCAUUUCGCUCUUUUCAUAGAUACGUGUGUGGUCGAUGACUUUUUGAAUGGCUCCGACGAUGAUAUGAAGACGAAGUCGGAGGUCUUCAUCCGUGAUCUCAAGGUUCAUCUCCGCAAGUUUCCAGGAUAA